AUGACCCAACUGCCUUCCUCUCUGCUCGUCAUCGACCUCAUCGUCAGCACUAAGAACGACCGUAUCUUUGAGGAGAGCAUUUUACUGGGCAUUGCACUCCUGAGAGGAGGAAAUACACAGAUUCAGAACUCUUUCUACAAUCAGCUGCACAAGCAGAAGAAGUCUGAGAAGUUCUUCAAGGUCUUCUAUGAUCGAAUGGAGCUGGCGCAGAAAGCGAUCCGCUCCAGUGUGUCAGUCAACAUGUUUGAGCUCAGCUGCAGGAAGAGAGAGGAGGAGGGCGAGGGCUCUGGAAUCAGAUAUAAAAAAGUUCGAGACUCCUUGCACCUCAGAGAAGACAUUCGGGGUCAGCUUAAAGAUGCCUCCUCUGUCACCUCCAAAGCCUACAGCACCUUUCGCCUGGAAGUGUACCCCGAGAUGGAGUCGAUGGGAUCGGGAGGGGACGGGAUGGAGGAGGUGGUGGAGGAGACCCAGAUGAGCCAGGCCAUCAUCAUCAUGAAACCCAUCCUACGCUUCCUUCAGCUGCUCUGUGAGAAUCAUAACAGGGACUUGCAGAACUUUCUGCGAGAUCAGAACAACAAAACCAAUUAUAACCUUGUGUGCGAGACGCUGCAGUUUCUCGACUGUAUCUGUGGCAGUACAACGGGAGGGCUGGGACUGCUGGGGCUCUACAUUAAUGAGAGGAAUGUGGACCUGGUCAAACAGACACUAGAGACCAUCACGGAGUACUGCCAGGGUCCUUGCCACGAAAACCAGACAUGCAUAGCCAGGCAUGAGUCAAACGGCAUUGACAUUAUCAUCGCUCUCAUUGUGAACCCAAUUGAUCCACUGGGGAAGAACCGACUUGACCUUGUGCUCGAGCUGAAGAACAAUGCAUCUAAACUUCUUCUGGCCAUCAUGGAGAGUCGUCAUGACAGCGAGAAUGCAGAUAAGAUCCUGUACAAGAUGAGACCCAAUGAACUGGUUGACGUGAUCAAGGAGGCUUACAUUCAAGGAGAUGAGAGUGAGAUUGAUCACGAGACAUCAGAUCAGAUCAGACCUAAAGAUGUUGGGCACAACAUCUACAUCCUGGCCCAUCAGCUGCUGAAUAAAAUCGUGUUCCUGGUUAGUUUUGUGGGGAACCAGGGCACGUUCACACGAGGGUACAAAGCAGUUAUCAUGGACGUCUUCUUCCUUCUGCAUGUCAGUUACGUCAUCGUUUGCAUGCUGGGUCUGUUUGUACAUGAGUUCUUCUACAGUAUCCUGUUGUUUGAUCUUGUGCGAAGAGAGGAAACCCUCCUAAACGUGAUGAGGAGCGUGACGAAGAACGGCCGCUCCAUCUUCCUCACAGCUGUUCUGGCUAUCAUCCUGGUCUACCUCUUCUCCAUUGUGGGCUUCCUCUUCUUUAAAGAUGACUUCCUCAUGCAAGUCGACCGCCUCCCUGCUUUAAAGAAGAGGAAUGUGAAGGAGUCUAUGAGCUGCCAGAGUGAGACCUGUUCUAACUCCCCUUUUAGUUCUAACCACGAAGAGGAUGAAGAUGGUACAGAGCGUGUGUGUGACACCCUGCUGAUGUGCAUCAUUACGGUUCUGAACCACGGGCUGAGGAACGGAGGAGGAAUCGCAGAUGUUCUGCGCAAGCUCUCCAAAGAGGAGCCCAUGUUCCCAGCACGUGUCGUAUAUGACCUCUUGUUCUUCUUCAUUGUCAUCAUCAUUGUGUUGAACCUCAUCUUUGGUGUGAUCAUUGACACCUUCGCUGACCUGAGGAGUGAGAAACAGAGAAAGGAAGAAAUUCUGAAGACAACCUGCUUCAUUUGUGGCCUUGAGAGAGACAAGUUUGAUAACAAGACUGUGUCAUUUGAGGAACACAUCAAGUCAGAGCACAGCAUGUGGCACUAUUUGUACUUCCUGGUGUUGGUGAAGGUGAAGGACCCCACCGAGUACACGGGCCCCGAGAGCUACGUGGCCCAAAUGAUUAAGGAGAAGAAUCUGGACUGGUUUCCACGGAUGCGGGCCAUGUCUUUGGUAAGCUCAGAGGGAGAGAGCGAACAGAAUGAGAUCCGAUUGGUGCAGGAAAGACUGGACACCACCAUCACUCUCGUGGCUCAGCUGACUUCCCAGCUGUCCGAGCUUAAAGAACAGAUGACUGAGCAAAGGAAGAAUAAACAGAGACUGGGCUUCCUGGGACCAUCACAGAUGAACCAUCAGAUCCCCCCUGCGCACUGAGGAUGCUCUUCACACACAGAUGCUGAUGUUCACACCAUGAAUAACACUACACUCAUGGUGAUAUCACACUUUACAUCAUGACAGGACAGUUGUCCAGUUAGAUCCUACAGACUUGAGCGUCAUUUUGUAAGUGUUUUCUCAUUUAGAUCUUAUAGACGGAGGACGUUUGGAAACAUACAGUGUGUGUUUGUUUGGAAAAUCAUGAACUCUACACAUAUGAGAGCUUACGCCAGAUGACUCAGACAGUCUUUGGACGGGCUGUCUGCCUUUUUUUUUUUUAAAGCGUCAAAUAUUAACUCCCUCACAUUUUAAUUGCCCUGUCCAUAACUUGAGUAUUGCUGUAAUUCAAAGUGGACUUUAGUCUGUGCUGGAAGAACUGGAGAGAUACCUCUAAACAAUUUAAUAUUUUUUUUUAUAAUUCAAAUUCAGCAUUACUUUAAUGAAAGAUAUAAGACUGGAAAACAUUCUCAUCUCAUAAUCAGACAACCAUGUGACCGUUGGAAUCUGUUUGUGUCACCUUCUACGAAGACCUAAACGCUAGUCUUAACUCUUAAAUGAUGAUAAUUUUUAUU